AUGACGACAAAUGCAGCUUCAACUUCUGGUAUGUCUGGAAGUUAUAAUGAAAAUUCUGAUCCACAAUUAGCUAUUAUUCAUUUAAUGACACCUUAUAUGGAGUUUGGUAUUGAUGAAUUAGAUGUUUCAUCUUCACCAUUGAUUAUAGCUGAUUUUGGUUCAUCACAUGGAAGAAAUUCAGUAAUAGCUAUGAAAAUUUUUCUUAAAUAUCUUAAAGAAAAAAAUAAACUUGUUUCACCACCACUUAUUGUUCAUAAUGAUCUUCCAACAAAUGAUUGGACAAAACUUUUUCAACUUCUUGCCGAAGAUAAAUCAUAUAAUGGUGUAGCAAAUGGUUGUUCAUUUUAUCAAAAAUGUCUUCCAGAUAAGAGUCUUGCUAUGGGUUUUACAGCUUCAUCAUUACAUUGGUUAUCAAAAAUACCAUUUCAUAUUAAAAAUCAUUGUUUUCAUACAUAUGCCGACAAUGAUGAACGUCAAGCAUAUGAACAACAAGCCAAACUUGAUUUUAAUACAUUUAUAGAACAUCGUUCUCGUGAACUUGUAUCAGGUGGAGUAUUAGUUCUUAGUAUUCCAAGUUUUAAUGAAGAAGGAAUUGAUAGUAUAGGCAAUUAUUUCGAUCAAUUAUAUAUAUGUGCUAAAUCAUUUUUUAAUGAACAAGAAUUAUUGAAUUUUACAGUUCCAUUAUAUCUUCGUUCAUUAUCUGAAUGUAUGGAUUAUGAAUUAUUUGAUCGAUGUUCAUUACAAUUGUUAAAAGCUGAAUUAAGUCAAUUGAAAGUACCUACACUUGAACUAUAUCACAGUGGUAUAUUAUCAUUUGAUCAAUUGGCAAAAAUAUUUACAAAAGUAUUUGAAAGUACAAUGGAAUCUUUAAUACAUCAAGUUUUACGUAUGAGUGGUCGUUCAAAAGAAGAAAUCAAUGAAAUAUCAAAAGAUUUUUGGAUAGUAUACGAAGAAAAACUAAAAGAAAGACGAGAUUUAGUUAUUAAUGGUAAUCAAUAUGUAUGUGCCUGUUUGGUAUUGAAAAAACUAUAAGACACUAUUAACAAAAACUUUUAGUUUUGUUAUUCUCUACUUAAGUUUCUUUUUCUAUAUAAAAUUUUUAUGUCAGCAUUAAUCUUAUUCAAAGAUAAUAAUUAAUGAAAUUCUCACAUUACAUGCAUACACUAUACGAUGAAGCUACACACACAAGACACACAAUCAAGAGAGAAAAAAAGCAUAGCAUAGAAUCAAACAUGAAAAAGAGAGAGAGAGCACAUGGUAGAGAGAAGGAAUCAUGCCUCUGGCGAUGACAGUCAAACUAAUAUUUUGAUUCAUCCCUCAAGAAAUCCGAACUAAAUUUUUCUACGAAAAUAAGAGUAGUCGGAAUGUUUUGAGAUAUAGGUAGAUAGGAUUGGUUUUUAAUACGAGAUGUGAUUCUGAUGUUAGAUUUCUAUUUUGAGUAGAAGUUAAAACAGUGCUGUAUUUAGUCAAAUUUGGUAGUUUGAUGGCAGUCCGUGGCAUUUUGAAGUGUGUUUUCCUGUCGAUAAUUGAACCCUAAGAUAAACUUUGCUGAACUAAAUGAUGAUGUUUGCUCUUUGCAUCUUCAAGACAUGGACAAUAUAUCACAGUGAUCAACUACUUACUCCUUGUUAUGAGAUCUACUAGAAAUUAUAUGUUUGCAGUCUGACUCUACCAGAAUUUCAUCAGAAGAGUUGAUAUUUUUAGAUAGAAUUACAUAUUAAAUAAUUUAAGCGAAUAAUCAUCCAAGAAAUAAUGAAAAUCGAUUAAUACAAAAAUGAAUCGAUUAUCAUCAGAAAAAUGGCUAUUGUUUAGAUUAUUUUAGAGAUUAAAAUUGAUUUUUGAGAAAAUCAAUUUUAACCGAUUGUAUGAUGAUUUUAUUUAAACAAAAUUUGAUAUUUCCAAUUAGAAUUCACUGUAAUCGAUUAUAAUGUAUAAUCAAUUAUAAUUAUUUGUUCAGUAAUUAUCGACAAUAGAAUCAUUUCGAUUUGAAUCCGAUAUAAUCGAUUAGAACCAAUUCUAGAUUCUAAUUGGUUCAAAUUGAUUUCUGAUGAUUAUUUGCAAACAAAUACAAUCAUAAAAAAAACAGAGUUGUUUCGAUUCCAUCGGUUAUAAUCGAUUCAGUUUUGUAAUCAACUGUAAUUAUUGUCUAAAUGAACAUUGAGAAUCGAGUCAUUUUGACUUCAAUCCUUUACAUUGACAACAUUGUAAACCAUGUAUCUGACUUUUAGAUAACCAAACACAAAGUCAUAUCAUAUCUUUAUGGUAAUGAUAAAGGAGACCUUUUAUAUAAGAAGCACAAGAUUCAAGAAAAUGGACGUAGUUCGAGUUUUGUACUAUAGGUAACGAUGGUAGACGCAGAGCUUGAUAAGUCAAGUCAAUUCAUGUAAAAUUUUUAAAUGAAUAAUCAGAUUAUAAUCAGUCUGAAAUAAAAGAUCGAUAAGAUAUGAUUCUAUCGAAUUAAAACUGAUCAAGAGAAAAAUCAAAGAAAGAAAUCUAUUGAUGUAUUUCUGAUCGAUCACAAUUGAUUGAUUUAUAUCAAACAACCUGAAUGAUCGUCAACUAUUCUCA